AUGAAGAAAGUGUACAGUCUAGUGAACUUAACUAAAGCCAAGGACCAGGAGGUGCAGCCCAUCUGUAUCAAGCAAAUACAGCUCACUGACCAGAAGCAAGAAUUCAACAAACGUCCCAACAAGACGGGUCAUCGCUCUCUGUCUCACUCCAUCUCACAGUCGUCUACAGACAGCCACAGCUCAGUCUGCAGCGACAGCUCCGAGGAUGAGUCAACUCCCAAAGGCAAAGUUCAAAAGAGUUCCAAAGGCCUUUCAGACUUCUGCAUCAAAAACAUCAAGCAGGCUGAGUCUGGACGCAGAGAGAUAGAGAUCGCACAACAAGAAAUGCCAGCACUGAUGGUCCUGAGGAAAAGAGCAGGUGGAGAGAAACCUCUGGCCGGAGCCAAGGUUGUGGGCUGCACACACAUCACUGCACAGACGGCGGUGCUGAUUGAGACUCUGAGUGCGUUGGGGGCUCAGUGUCGCUGGGCGGCCUGUAACAUCUUCUCCACUCAGAACGCUGCUGCUGCUGCUCUGGCUGAAGGAGGCACCUCAGUGUUCGCGUGGAAAGGAGAAUCAGAGGACGACUUCUGGUGGUGUAUUGACCAAUGUGUCGGUGCAGAGACCUGGCAGCCAAACAUGAUUCUGGACGACGGAGGCGACCUGACCCACUGGAUCUAUAAGAAGUACCCGAGUCUGUUCAAGAAGGUCAAAGGCAUCGUAGAGGAAAGUGUUACGGGAGUUUAUCGGUUGUACCAGCUUUCCAAGGCUGGCAGACUGUGCAUCCCGGCCAUCAAUGUGAACGACUCAGUGACCAAGCAGAAGUUUGACAACCUGUACUGCUGCAAGGAGUCCAUACUGGACGGGUUGAAGAGAACCACUGACGUCAUGUUUGGAGGAAAACAGAUGGUGGUGUGUGGAUACGGUGAGGUUGGUAAAGGUUGCUGUGCCGCCCUCAGGGCACUGGGUGCUAUCCUGUACGUCACAGAGGUGGAUCCCAUCUGUGCCCUUCAGGCCUGCAUGGACGGCUUCAGAGUGAUCAAACUGAGUGAGGUGGUCAGACAGGUGGACCUGAUCAUCACCUGCACCGGAAACAAAAACGUGGUGGGGAGGGAACUUCUGGACAGAAUGAAGAACGGCUGCAUCGUCUGCAACAUGGGACACUCCAACACUGAGAUAGAUGUGGUGAGUUUGCAGACUGGGGAGCUGAGGUGGGAGCGGGUGAGGCCUCAGGUGGACCACGUGAUCUGGCCCGAUGGGAAGAGAAUUGUCCUGCUGGCUGAGGGCCGUUUGCUGAAUCUGAGCUGCUCCACAGUGCCGUCCUUUGUCCUCUCCAUCACUGCUACAACUCAGGCGCUGGCUCUCAUAGAGCUGUACAACGCUCCAGAGGGUCGAUACAAACAGGACGUCUACCUGCUGCCCAAGAAGAUCGAUGAGUACGUGGCCAGUCUUCACCUGCCGACAUUUGAGGCUCACCUCACAGAGCUGAAUGAGGAUCAGGCCAAGUACCUCGGCAUCAGCAAGCAAGGGCCCUUCAAACCAAACUACUACAGGUGA